GAGGGUUGCAUGCUGACCCGGCUCCCCACUAGCAGGCAUCAGGCAGCUGGCUGGGUGUGUGCGGCUCCCUCGGACCUGCCAUGGAGACAAUGCCUGUGCGGCUGCGUUCAGCGUGAGCAUUGUCUCCAGGCGGACUGAUGGGGCAGUGACAGCCGCUCCGGCCACUGACAUCGCACUGCUCUCUAUCGCCAUGGACAGCGCCAGGAGCAUUGAGCUGGAGCACUUCGAGGAGAGGAAGAAGAAUCAGAGGCAAUCCCGAAAAGGCGGGGGAGGUCAGGGCAGCAGCUCUGGAGCCGGACCCCGGGGCAACGGACUGAUCCCCAGCCCGGCACAUAGCGCUCACUGCAGCUUCUACCGCACCCGCACCCUGCAGGCGCUCAGCUCCGAGAGGAAGGCCAAGAAGGUGCGCUUCUACCGCAAUGGGGACCGCUACUUCAAGGGGCUGCCCUACGCCGUGUCCGCCGAGCGCUUCAGGUCCUUCGAUGGUCUGCUGAUGGAGCUGACCCGCUCCCUGAGCGACAAUGUCAGCCUGCCGCAGGGGGUGCGCUGCAUCUACACGCUGGAUGGCACCAGGAAGAUCACCAGCCUGGACGAGCUGCAGGAAGGAGAAAGCUAUGUUUGUGCCUCAAAUGAGUCUUAUCGAAAGGUGGACUACAAUCGAAACACAAGUCCCAACUGGUCUGUGAAUGUAAGGACUGCGUCUGGACGAUCGUUGUCGUCCCUAACUACACUGAAGAAUGAAAUGAGAGAAGGCAAGGACUUUAUUAAACCCAAGCUUGUGACGGUCAUCCGGAGUGGAGUAAAGCCACGCAAGGCUGUUCGCAUCCUUCUAAACAAGAAGACGGCUCACUCCUUUGAGCAGGUCUUAACAGACAUCACGGAUGCUAUAAAGUUGGAUUCAGGUGUUGUCAAGAGGUUAUGCACUCUGGAUGGAAAACAGGUUACAUGUCUUCAAGACUUUUUCGGUGAGGACGAUGUGUUUAUAGCCUGCGGACCAGAAAAAUACAGAUAUGCCCAGGAUGACUUUGUUCUGGACCACAGUGAAUGUCGUCCUUUGAAAACUUCAUAUUCCCGCUCCCCGAAGCAAACCGGUUCCAAGAGUCCUGGGUCUUCGCGGCGCAGUAAAUCUCCCGGAGCAGUAAAGAGGACUGGCUACUACUCCAGUGCCUAUUCUUCACGGUCCCCAGUAAAUGGGACACCAAGCAGCCAGCUGUCUACUCCAAAAUCUACAAAAUCAUCGUGUUCAUCGCCAACAAGUCCUGGAAGUUACCGAGGUCUAAAGAUUUCGCCUCAUUUUGGAUCAACGUCUAAUGUGAACGGUCUUCCUGACGCUCCUAAUAGUCCUGAAGGACUUAAUGGAAAUAGGUAUCUUGAUGCUUCCACAAUCCUGGAGAAAUAUAAAAUAGGGAAAGUGAUUGGAGAUGGCAACUUUGCCGUUGUGAAAGAAUGCGUUGAAAGGUCUACAGGCAAAGAAUAUGCAUUAAAAAUCAUAGACAAGGCAAAGUGCUGCGGAAAGGAGCAUCUGAUUGAGAAUGAGGUGUCAAUACUGCGCCAAGUGAAACACCCCAAUAUUAUAAUGCUCAUAGAGGAGAUGGACACUACAACAGAGCUGUAUCUGGUGAUGGAAUUAGUCAAGGGUGGAGACUUAUUUGAUGCAAUCACAUCUUCAACAAAGUACACAGAACGAGAUGCCAGUGCAAUGAUAUACAAUCUUGCUAGUGCUAUGAAGUAUCUUCACAGCCUUCAUAUAGUUCAUAGAGACAUCAAACCUGAAAACCUUCUGGUUUGUGAAUAUCCAGAUAAAACUAAAUCUCUAAAGCUCGGAGACUUUGGACUGGCCACAAUAGUGGAUGGACCACUGUACACUGUCUGCGGUACACCAACCUAUGUUGCUCCAGAAAUAAUUGCAGAGAGUGGGUAUGGUUUAAAGGUUGAUAUAUGGGCAGCUGGUGUGAUCACAUACAUCUUACUCUGUGGAUUCCCGCCUUUCAGAAGUGAGAAUAAUCUUCAGGAAGAUCUUUUUGAUCAGAUUCUGAUUGGGAAGCUGGAAUUCCCUUCUCCAUACUGGGAUAACAUUACAGACUCUGCAAAGGAGCUGAUCAGUUGUAUGUUACAAGUAAAUGUAGAUGACAGGUUCACGGCAGAUCAGAUCCUGUCUCACCCCUGGGUGUCUGACGAUGCCUCACUGGGGAAUAAUAUGCAGGUUGAAGUCACAGGUAAAUUAAAACAGCAUUUUAACUCAUUACCCAAGGAUAAUAACACUACAGCUGCAGUGUCUGUGAUCAUGAACACAGCUCUUGAUAAACAAGGGCAGAUUGUUUCUUGUAAACGCUGUGACAACAAUGGUACCACUGACCCGGAGAACACCAGCACCAACACAGCGUCGGCUGAUGACCGUCACCUGGAUUUGGGGUCUACCAAAUUGAUGUGAUGGAUACAAGCCUGGAGCAGAUUAAUGUCUACUGGGCAGCGUGAUCACUAACCUUGAGGAUAGCUGAUGACCAUAUCCAGCCGGUGAUAUCUGUUCUUAUUACAACUUUUUUUUUUUUUUUUUUUUUUUUUGAGGAACACUUACUGACUUCCACCAGUUUUCAUUACAAUCAGUAAAGGACUAUACUAGAGUGUUAGAUUUGGACUUUGUAUUAGUUUCUAACAGGUAUAGUUAUGUUUCCAUAUGUUUCUGUAUUGGUUAGUUCCUGAAGGGGAAGUACUGGUCCGAUGGCUACUGAUUUGUUAACACUACUAAGAUCUUCAGAAGAGAAUCUCUACGGCACGUCCUAAUUUCAUCUUUGAUAAUGGUAGUUCCUUUUUUUAGGUGGGGGGUACAGAGGAUUCUCAUUUUCUCUAUAGUUUUAGUUUUUUAAGAAAUCCUAAAAUUGGAUUCUAGAAUCCUACAAUGUAAUGGGCCAAGUUUGAAAAUUCUGCAGUAUUUCAGACCUUUGGUGAAAAGGGUACAUGGUUUCAACACGUGGGUAUUUAUUUGAAGACAUGUUCUUCCAUUGACUGAUGUGUGACUACUUCUUUUGGAUCUACGACUAUAUAUGUAAAAAUAAUUUGCUAAUAAUUCUGUUACAGAAUGGAAUGUAGAGGUUGCUGCAUGUCACAUCUCAGCAGAAGUGGUGCAAUUAAAUAUUUGAAAACAUUUUUUAAGAAAAAAUUACUGCUCCAUAUCCAUAUAAGCAGCGGGAAUGUGUAAUUUAGGGGCUAAUCUAAAAUGUGUCAUGGUCAUACUGGAUACGCCAUUCUAGCAUUAAACAUACACAAGCAUAUAGAUAUGCUUUUUAAUAACCCUUCCAUAUUGUGCGCUCAUUGCUCAAACAACCAACUUGCAGCAAAGAUUGCUCAUCAGGUCCAUACCUGGUUAGAAGCUGCUAUCCUGCAUGGUUUCUACUUGUUAUGCUACUUUAUACAUAGGGCCUUCUGUUAUCACAAAUUAUCACAGGAAUCCACCUAUCUCUAAAGAGGUAAAGACAAUCAUGGUUAAUGGGCCUACUCAUGUUACAGUGACCUGAAAAGGUUAAGCAAUUGGUUUGAUAUUAUAGAGUAAAUAUAUUUUCUAAUUUUCAGUAAAAAUCACUUUGAAAUGGCCAAGACUAUUAUCGGUAAUAUUGUUAAAUGUGAUGGAAACUUCAUAGACCCGAUUGGCAAAGGCGUACCUACCACCGAGGUAGACACUGCAGCUGCUGUGGGGCUUUUGGAAGGAUUGGAUCCUGCCUUGGUUGGUCUUAUGUCUUUGUGCAGGACUCUUAUCUGCUUGUACAACUGCAUUGUAAGCAACCAAGGGGACGAAGAAUUGGCAAUGUGUGAAACCUUAACGGGGUAAUUUGACCUUUGAUAAGGGUCUCGCUCUUAUCUAUAGAUCACCUGCCUGUAGACCUUCAAGUUUAAGAAUCUCCCAAGACAAACAGAACAUGCCUAAUGAAAUUUAUAUUUUUGGAUAGUAGCCAAAGGUAUGCAUAUAGGACUCUUUCAAACAGAAAAUAGUACACCAAGGGUUAACUUUUAUAUAUUAAAUCUGGCAGUAGAAUAAGAGUGUUCUAUGCUGUUCUUUUAUAUUGCAAAUAUGGCAAGAGCAGAAGAAGAUGCGUUCAACAGAGGGGCCUGGAAACUGAUGUGGACAUCAAGCUAAAUAAACACAACUGCAUGAAUACUAUCCAAAAUGGCCUAAUUAAGCAAUUUGAAUAAAGUCUAAAUGAAUACAUAUAUUUAUUAAAAAUGAGCCUAUCCCUGCUAUAUGUAAUUAAAGGCUAUGGACACAUUUGAGGACAAUUUAUUUUAUUAUUGCUUUCUACAUAUUUUGGGCUAAAUCAGUGAAAGCUGUAGAGAAAAAAAAAACUUGAAAAUUUUUACUAAAGAACCACCGAAAAAAUUAUUUUUAGCCCAAAAUGAGUAGAAUACAAUAAAAAAAAAAAUCCCCAAAGGUGUCCAAAGCUUUUAAAUGUUUCAUUUAUUCAUUAUACUAUCCAACCCCUAUAAUGCCCCCCAAAUUGGCCAGGCACCUCAUACAGGUUAUAUUUACCCUGCUCCCCAGCACCAGCUUCUCUGCUGAUAUCUGCACAGCCGCCAACGCAUCUCUCCAUCGCGCAGAUCAAAACAGACAGGGGGGGGCAGCUAAUAGCGGGCCAUGACUGGAACGAGCCUCCCUACCGGGACCUGCGAUGAUAGGGAGGUUUGUCACCAUUGCGGCCUGCUAUCGGCUGCUCCCCCGUCGCUGGAUGUUUUGAUCUGUCGAGGAGUGGGGUAAGUAUAACCUGUAUGAGGUGCCCAGGCAUUUUGGGGGGCAUUAUAGGGGUUCGAUAAUCCAUUUAAGUGUAGAGUAAAAAAAAAAAAUUCUGGUGUAUUUUGUAUACAGAAUUAAAGAAAAAAGUUUAGAGACUAACUAACAGUGAACUAAAAUGUCCACAGGCCUGUUAAAAUGUGACCUAAACUGGUAAUUUGUAGUCAUGUAACAUCCAAAAAAAAGAGCUAUAAAUGAAAUGUUUCCUUGUACAUCCCUAUAGAUGACGAGGUUGUUAAGUUCCAUUUAUGGGGCCUACUCAAAAGUGCCCAUACGCAAUAAUUGAAGAGAAUGGAGGAUUUCUACCAAAACCUCAUUGUCUGGAAAGAAGUUGGUCGAGUUUAAAUUUUUUAUCCAAUAGCCUUUAGUCUAUAUAACAAGAUUCCCAGAAAAAUUGUUUGGGUGCACGACAAUGUCAUUAUCACAUAUGCCCAGGUAGAAUGACUGUAAUGGUCAAUGUGGACUUCCUGCAACCUCAUCCUGCUAAACAACAAAACCAUGACAAUAAGCAAGAAAUGAAAGUACUGAUUAUUUGAGCAUCUUUAUCCUGGAAUGGACCUAUCAGGGACAAUAGCCCAAUGAGAUAAGCCAAGCCUGUUCAAAGGGCAUUAACUCUCGAGUCCUUGUAAGACGGCAGAGAGCAGUAAUAUCGCAUAAAGGUUCUCCAUAUGAAUGUUAGAGUUUAGUCAUUUGGUUGCUUAUUUUAGGCAGUAUUGCACUUUUCAGGUGCACAGGUACAUUUUCACAAGGUAUUAUCUAUUCAUGUAUUUGCUACUCAUUUUUCCAGACAUCAUGUUUUAGAACCUCUCAGUAUAUGGCUUUCAUUUUGUACUAGAGAUGUAAAAUAUUUCCA